UGACAUGUAAAUAAAUAAGAUUUCCUGCAGUCGUUGGUGCGGAGGGAGACGUAAUUUCACUUGUAUUUUUGCAUCAAAAAUAACACACUGUCGAAAAAGCAUUCAUUGCCACGAAAAAUGACUGUAACUGUCAGAAUCAUUCAAUAUCGCUCAACACUACACAAACGAUCAGGCCAUUAGCCGAGGACGAUGCCGCGGCCAAACAACAGAAUAACGGGACAAAAACAUCAUGUUUAAGAGAAAUGUUUUCAAAUACCAAUGAUCAUAAGCAAAAUUUGACACAAGAAUAUCUUAUUAAUAAUUUACGUUCAAGAUUUUUGUUUUCAAGUGUAAUGUCAUCGAAACGUAAAUCACCGCCGUCCAAACUGCUAGAGAACGCUACGAGCGCGUCGGACACGACGACGACAGGCUGCACCACCGGUACCGCUGCGGCGACCGAAGAGAACGGUAGCGGCGGCGGCAGGAGCAGUAUCAGCAGCAGCAGCAGCAGCAGCAGCGGCGGCCAUCAGUCGGACGACGGUACCACCGGUAACAUGGAAACGGCCACGGCCACCGCGUCCGCGACUGUGACGGACAGGAGUUGCGGCAGCCCCGUGAUGACCAACAGCCCACGGCCAUCGUCGGUCACCGCCCGACCGGCUAGCAGCAGCGGUGGUACGUCGCCGUCACCGUCGUCGGACAGCGAGAACAGUAGCAGUGGUGGCGGCCGAUACGCGUCCGGUUCGUCGCCCGUCCAAGGCGCCGGUCGACAAUCGUCCUGCAGCAACACCACCAACAACAACAACAACAAACGCCAACGCACCGAGAGCCCUUCGUCGGCUGCCGGAUCGGCCGCGGCGGCUGCGCUCGGAGCGUCGCCCGACCACAGGGCGUCGCAGCAGCAGUACGCCGGGUACGUUCGUCAACAGUCGACAGGGUCGCCGCCGCAACAGCACUCGUCGUCCGUCCACCAGCCGCCGCCGAUCAUGCAAACGUCCUUCCAGCAGAUGCUCAAUCCCAGCGCCGCUUUCUACGAAACAGCUGUGGCCGCGGCCGCGUACGAACGAGCAUUUCUAAACGCUGGUGGCCACCACAUCCACCAGCAGCAGCAGCAACAGCAGCAACAAGAACACCUGUCAUCGCCGUACCACCACCUGAUGGACGGUGUCCAGGCCGCAGCUGCUGUGGCCGCGGUCGCGGCUGCAGGCUCGCCGUUUUUUGACAUCGAACAACGGCUCCGUAAGAGCGGUACCGACGAAGCUGACAAGCUCGCUCACCUCAUGCACCUCAACAAUAACAACAACAACUACAACCAUAACAAUAAUAAGCGGUCCAUGGACGACGUGCUCAAAAAAAUCUCGUCGAAAAUGCACAUCAGAGACGAUCACGGUAUCGCGAUGGCCGUCCAACGUCCUGAGUCUCCCAAAACCAGUAAACCGGAUAUGGGUGUGGAUAUGGACUGCGGCGAAGUAGUGCCUUCGGGGUUGGAACUACUGCAGCAAUUGCAGGAUGACUCGUGUACAACAAUAGCGGAAAAAGAACGCAAACUGUCGGAAAUGAUUUUACAGUUGCAAUUGUUCCGGGAACAGCUACAAGGACAGCUGCUCACUCAACAACAUCAUCCGAAUAAGUUCGGACACCUAAAAGGAUUACCGAGCUUACCGAAUCCUCAGUCGAUGUUCUUUCUACCGUUGUUGGAUCAACUGCGCAAUUUGUCAAAUUGCUCCAACGCAUCUACGUUGGCCGGUCAACAGCAGCAGCCUUCAACCACGACGGCGACGACAACCAACGUUAACGUCGGAUGGUCGAACAACGGCAGACCGCCAUCCGUGUCGUCGGCUAGUCUGUGUCCAAUGCAACUGCAACAGGAGCAACUGCAGCGAAUGCAACACACGCCAUCGCCCCAGGCACAGCAGCAGCAGCAGCAGCAGCAGCAGCAACAAUCAUCGGCGGCCGACCCGGAUGCGCCACUGAACCUGACCAAACGCAAGUCGCCCACGCCUCAACCACAGCCGCCGCCGCCGUCGACGACGCCACAGCAUCACCAACAACAGCAGCAACAGCAGCAGCACCUCCAGCAGCAACAGCAGCAGCAGCAACAGCACCACUUCCAAAUGCAACAAUCCGUGUUCAAGAAGAGGACUCUGGGUGACGUCACCGUCAGCUGGAACUCGUCCUCGUCCCCGCCGGCCACCACGCUGAGCACGACCAACAGGCGGUCCGGUUCGGGCCAGGGACUAGUCAGUCCACCGGCCGCGGCCACGCCGAAACUCUUGCCUCCACCUAUACCGGUGCCUAGAGGAUUCAUGCCCUACGCCGGCAUUCCGCCACCACUGCACAACUCGUCGGCCGGUAAAAGACUUAGCUUAUCGCCCGGCAAGGACGGCGACAAGAUGUCGCCUUAUCCAGGGCUCCAACUGUAUACACAGCAUCAGCAACUGCAUCUCCAUAGAGAAGAACUUUCCGAAAACAUGGAUUUAGCCUGGGGAUCCGGCGAUCCAAACUUUAAACUCGCCGAUGAUACUAGCGAUAGAAGUCGUAUGAUACGACAACAAAAGAAAGAUGGCGAGCACAUAAAGAGACCCAUGAAUGCAUUCAUGGUUUGGGCUAAAGAUGAAAGACGAAAGAUUUUGAAAGCUUGCCCUGAUAUGCACAAUUCGAACAUUUCAAAAAUAUUAGGUGCCAGAUGGAAGGCGAUGACAAACGCUGACAAACAGCCGUACUACGAGGAACAGUCGCGGUUGUCCAAGUUGCACAUGGAAAAGCACCCGGACUACAGAUACCGACCCAGGCCGAAGCGGACAUGUAUGAUGAACGGCAAGAAAGUGAGGAUAUCCGAGUACAAAACGCUGAUGAGGCAGCGCCGGACCGAGAUGCGUCAGAUUUUUUACGGAGGUGAAGGUUCAGGCCCUUCGGGUUCCGGGCCCACCGUGGCCGGCACCAGUUUCGGGUAUCAGCCCGACGGGUCAAUAUCACCGGAUAUUAUGUACUCGCCGACCAAUUCUCCGUCCUUCGGUGGCGACAGUCACGACGAGGACUAGGUGUAUACUACAUAAAAUGUUCGUCCUUUCUCCUCGUCUUACGUCUACUAUGCAGAUACUGUUAACCGGUCGAUGCCACUUCUUCCGCCGUCAUUCAGAAUGUCAUAUUAUAUUAUGUGUGUGUGCGUGUGCGUGUGUCUUUGAGUGAGUAGCGUCAACUCAUAUCGUUGUUGAUCCUUUUUUUCUUUGUUAUCUCCGCCUACGUUCCGACACCGCUUUAUUAACCAGUAUAAAAGGCCAGUACACUCGACUACUGAUAUAUGCAUUAUAACGUGUAUGUGUAUAUAUUACAGUACUGUACAUAAUAUACUAUAUACUUUCGAUACGUGUGUAUACGCAUAGUGUAUAUUGGUAGUCGUUGACCAAUAUUAACCAAACGUAAAUGUGUAGUAUAAAUUACUAUUUUAUUACAGUAAUGAUCGUACGUGUAGAAAAAUGUAUAAAUUAUUAUAUUAUAUAA